AAAUAAUAGCACGUGUUAGUGUGAAAUGUGAUGUAAAAUGUGAUGAAAAUUCAAUUCUGAAUUUUUAAGUUUAUUCAGAUUAAAAUUACAAACUAAAAAAAUUAAUAAAAUGACUACUGAUAGUGGCAGCAGUGACGAAGAAAACCAAAAUAUAGAAGAACAACAGACUUUAUCAAAUGAAGAGACUGAAGGAACUGUGUCCUUCAAAGAUUUGGGUGUUGUCGAUGUUUUAUGUGAAGCAUGUGAGGAAUUAAAAUGGAAACACCCAUCGAAAAUUCAAAAGGAAGCCAUACCAGUCGCUUUGCAGGGGAAGGAUAUUAUUGGUCUUGCAGAGACUGGCUCUGGCAAAACUGGUGCUUUUGCCUUACCUAUACUACAAGCCUUAUUGGAUAAUCCACAGAGAUAUUUUGCCCUGAUAUUAACACCUACAAGGGAGUUAGCAUUUCAAAUAUCAGAACAGUUUGAGGCUCUCGGAGCAAGUAUAGGUGUAAAAUGUGCUGUGAUAGUUGGUGGGAUGGAUAUGGUGGCACAGGCUCUUCAGCUCUCCAAGAAGCCGCAUAUAAUUAUCGCUACCCCCGGUAGACUGGUUGACCAUUUAGAGAAUACCAAGGGUUUUAACUUGAAGGCACUUAAAUAUUUGGUGAUGGAUGAGGCAGACCGUAUUCUGAACAUGGAUUUUGAAGUGGAGGUGGAUAAGAUAUUACGCGUGAUACCACGUGAGCGUCGCACAUAUCUCUUCUCAGCUACUAUGACAAAAAAAGUGCAGAAACUUCAGCGUGCCUCGUUGCAGGACCCAGUUAAAGUGGAAGUGUCCACAAAGUAUCAGACCGUUGAUAAACUGCAGCAGUACUAUAUAUUUAUUCCUGUGAAAUAUAAGGACGUAUACUUGGUGCACAUACUGAACGAGUUGUCCGGUAACUCGUUCAUCGUGUUCGUGGACACGUGCGCGGGCGCGUUACGUGCGGCGCUGCUGUUACGCAACUUGGGCCUGGCGGCGGUGCCGUUACACGGACGGAUGUCGCAGAACAAACGACUGGCGGCACUCAAUAAGUUCAAGAAUAAGAGCCGGUCCAUACUCAUAUGCACAGACGUCGCGUCUAGAGGCUUGGACAUCCCUCACGUAGACGUAGUUAUCAACCUGGACAUUCCGCUGCAUAGUAAAGACUACAUCCACCGCGUGGGCCGCACGGCCAGGGCGGGCCGAGCCGGGAAGUCUAUCACUUUUGUCACACAGUACGAUGUAGAGUUGUAUCAGCGCAUCGAGCAGUUGAUAGGGAAGCAGCUUCCUCUGUACAAAACAGAGGAGAGUGAGGUGAUGGUGUUGCAGGAGAGAGUUGCUGAAGCGCAGCGGCUCACCAACAUUGAAAUGAAAGAGCUUGAAGAUAAAAAGAACACGAAGGGCAAGAAGCGUGGGGCCGCAGACUCUGAUGACGACACGGAGGAGGCGGCCGGCGUCCGACGAAGGAUCCGGCCAAAAGCCGGCGGACAUCGCGGUGGACACAAGAGGAAACGAUAGUUACACAAUAUAUAACGUAUCGAUC